AUGAGCCUCGCCACUAGAUGCUUCGAUGCCCUCAUUGUGGGUGGUGGUCCUGCUGGUCUAACAGCCGCUCUGACUCUUGCACGUCAAGACUUCAGCUCCGCCAUCUUCGACUCCAAAACCUACCGCAGUGACGCUGCCAGCUUCAUGCAUUUGAUUCCCGGCUUUGACCACAUGGAGCCCGCCGAGUAUCGAGGAAAGGCUUUGGAAAAUAUUCUCGCCAGAUAUACUCAGAUCACUGUUCAGAACACAACUGUGGUCAAAGCUGAGAAUUCCGAGUCUGGUAGCAUCACUCUCACUGAUGAGAAUGGCGAGAGCUGGUCCGGAAAGAAACUCAUCUUGGCCAACGGUGUUCAGGAUAUCUUCCCUGACAUUGAGGGAUAUGCCGGGGCCUGGGGAAAAGGAAUCUUCCAUUGUCUCUUCUGCAAAGGAUACGAAGAAAAAGGUGCUAGUUCAGUCGGAGUGCUCGCCAUCGGCGGUGUCGCCAACCCUCCUCUGGCUCUCCACGUCGCGCGUCAAGCCUCUGCUUUCAGCGACUCAGUGACAAUCUAUACAAACGGCUCAGAGGAGCUGGCUCAAGGGAUUAAAGCUUCUCUCGGAGAAACAACCAAAUUCAAGGUCGAAAACCGGAAAAUCGCUUCUCUUGAGAAGGUGAACCCCAAUGCAUCUGUGUCUGUCAAAUUGGAAGACGGGACAAGCUUGGUGGAGGGUUUCUUAGCACACACCCCGGAGACAAAGCCCCGUGGCUGCUUCGUGGAGGAUCUUGCAUUGGAACAGACACCCAAGAGCGAUAUUAAAGCGGGCCCUCCAUUCUUCCAGACCAGUGCCAAGGGCGUCUUCGCAGCGGGCGAUAGCUGUGGUAUGAUGAAGAACGCACCAAAUGCUAUUUUCUCGGGCUCUCUGGCUGGAAUGGGAGCCUCGUUCCAGCUGUCGGCGGAACUUUUAGGACAGCAGUCAUUGUUUGGAUGA